AUCAGGAUGAGUACAGUCUAGUUGCUUGAACAUCGAUGCGAAUGAAAUUUGAAAUUUGAAACAUUUGUUUUCCCCCCUUUUCCUCGUUCUUCUCUAUUAUAUCCUAUUCUAAUGCCUCGUGCCCACAAAGAGACUUCACACUCCUCUAAAUCAAAGAAAACUUCAGCCACCAAAACAAACUCUCCACCGAAGCGACUUGCAGAUUUACGAAGUCAAACGAAGUCAAACACAACAGCACAUAUACGGGCAGACAAUACCACUAAACAAUAUACACAGGUCAUCCAGCGGGUGAGGAAGUGGCUGGAGGAGUUCCUCAUCCUCAAAGUUGAAGAGAAUGCAGGGGGAUGUCUAGAGGAUGAGGACGAAGAUGUCCCUAUGAGGAAUGAAGAAAUGGCCUCCGAGUUUCAUGGAUGUCUUGAUGGAAAGCCCAAUCAGUUUACUCCUGAAGCCAUUGCAAUGUACAUAUCAUGGAAGUGUUACGAAGAGGGCAGGAAGCUAUCAACAGGAGAAUCAGUUCAUGCCGCAUUCAAGUAUCAUUACACGCACCUUGAAGGCGACAAAUAUCGUGGGGAUUGGCGGUAUGAUGAAGGGAACAAACGAUGGAUUGGAAAUCCCUGUAAUGCAGCAGAGGUUGUCGAUCUCAUGGAGGGAUGUAAGCGAAAAGAUGGGGAGAGCGAACGACAUCAUUCCAAACCAGCAAGCAUCAUCAUCAUGGAGAGGUUGUAUGCUCACUCUAUUUCUGUCUGUCCCGAUGACUAUCCUGUCCUGGAUGCAAAAUCACUUGCAUUCAAGAUUUCGCACCUGCGGUUCCGUGCUUAUUCAUCAUUGGGUUUCACUAUCUGGACAAGAAAUACAGAGACAUCGCAUCUCCAGGCCAAGCAUGUUGACCGCAACCCUCUUCCCAGACCCGGCGCAACACCGAGUGAUCCUCCUUUUAUCCAAAUCAACCUCAGAGACCGGAAAAACUGGCAAAAGAAGCAAGCAAAGAAUGAAACUCAGCUGAACGAACAUUGUUACAACCUGUAUCCUCAGAAGAUCCGUGCAAUAUGUGCUCAAACUCAUCUUUCCAUCUGGAUGGAAUUCUGUGAAGAGCACAUACUCCGCCGACAGUAUGAGCCUGACGACUACAUCUUUCCAACUAUCAAUGCGAACGGUGUGACGUUCCAGUCAAAACAGCCAAUAACACCCGAAGCAGUGCAGAAGAUGAUCGACAAUUUUACGGUAGCUGCUGGGGUUCCAGGAGCAUUUACAACCCAUUGCUUCCGACGUGGGGGUGCUCAAUACCGGUUCAUGUUUGCACCAAUUGGCAAACGCUGGACUCUGGCUCGAAUUCGAUGGUGGGGUGGAUGGGCACCAAAUGAAAAGGUGAUUUUAUCUGAUUCGCUAUCGCUGCUGGUCACUGAUAUCAAUCAAGCGUGA